AUCAUGAAGUGUUUUCUUCUUUCACUCAUUUUUAUAGUGCUAGGCUUAACUUCUAUUCCACCAUCUACUUGUUUCGAUUUUAAGAACAUUAUUUUUGGUACGUCUGGACCAGUAGACAACCAUGGAAAGGCAACAAAAGAUUUUGGAUACAUUGUGCCACCGCGAUUAGUCAAGAAACAUAAUGAAGCAACCCAAGAAACAUGUGCUCAGGGAUAUCUUUGUCAAGAUACCAAAAAGUGUGUUAGUGAACCUAGACUUUGUCCUUGUCGUUUGGCAGCCGAUAUCAAAUGUCCACUUGGAAGAGACUGGUAUACUUGUAUUAGAGGUGAUCAACACUGUGAACAAAUCACUGAAAAAUGAUACAGUCCUUUGGUUUAUUGGAAAUAAAAAUGAUUAGAUUUAGAUAGUUGUAAUUACUGAUAGUCGUAG